AUGGCAGAACCAAGGCGUACCUUGUCCGAUUAUGAAAGGCCUCAGUUUACUGGUGAGGAAUUCAGUGUGCAUGCUCCCACCGUGCCGGCUAACAACUUUGAAAUCAAAGCAAGCACAAUUGGGAUGAUCCAAAAUUCUGUACAAUUUGAUGGGCUAGCUGAUGAAGACCCGCAUGCGCAUUUGUCUCGCUUCCUCCAAAUUUGUUCCACCUUCAAGAUUAACUCAGUGUCUGAUGAUGCGAUAAGAUUGAGAUUAUUCCCUUUCAGUCUAAGGGGAGCAGCAUAUCGGUAUUUCCCACCAAGCAAAGCAGCUAGAUUGAGGCAAGAAAUUUCUGCAUUCCGGCAAGGGGACUCGGAGACACUUUUUGAAGCACACGAGAGAUUCAAGGAUCUCCUACGGAAGUGCCCCCAUCAUGGCUUCUCCUCGUGGAUGAGAAUUCAGAUGCUUUGCAAUGGUCUGAAUUAUGCAACUAGACAACUCAUCGAUGCUGCAGCAGGGGGGUCAUUGAGUAAUAAAACCCCUGAAGAUGCUGAAAUGUUGAUUGAAAACAUGGCGAGUAACGAAUGCCACUGGUCUACUAGACAGAAACCACCUAAGGCAGCUGGAAUUUAUGAGAUAGAUGACAACACUGCACUAGCCGCUAAGGUGGAGGCCCUAACAAAGAGAUUCGAUCAGUUUAUGUUGGGUUCAAGCUCAAAUUCUGGAGCAGUUUUGUCUUGCGAGACUUGUGGGGCGGGGCAUGCUACUGUUCAGUGUCCAAUUUCAAUAGCCUCUGUUGCCCCAGUCGAGACAGUUGAUUAUGUUGGGGGAGGUCCUCGAGGUCCAGGCAAUCCCUAUGGAAACACAUACAAUCAGGGGUGGAGGAAUCACCCAAAUUUUUCCUGGGGUCAACAACAGCAACCUCGGCCUCAGCAGCCUCAGGGACUUUCACAUCAACUUCCGCAGCAGCCCGAGAAGAAGUUCUCCACCGAAGAUGUGUUAGCGAGAUUCAUGAUCAGCACUGAGGCAAAAUUCGUGAACAUCAACAAUCAAUUCGCUGAAGUGAACACCGUUCUGAGGAAUGUUCAGGCCUCCAUCCAAUCUUUGGAAAACCAAGUUGGGCAACUUGCUAGAGCAAAUUCUGAGCGCCCACCGGGUAGCCUCCCUAGUAACACUGAGAAUAAUCCAAGGGAGCAUUUGAAGGCCGUCACCCUCAGAAGCGGGAAACAGGUUGAAGCACGAGCCAAGGAGGGCUCAAGUACUGAGCAUGAUGGGGUAGCCGUACGGGAAGACCCUAUGUCGUCUGAGAGUUUAGUUGAUGGGGGAAAAGAAAAGCAAGAUGAAGAAACCCUUCAACUACCAACACCGAGGGUACCUGAGUACAAGCCGACUAUUCCCUAUCCGGCUAGGUUAAAGCAAGAUAAAGAGGAGGCCCAGUUCAAGAAAUUCCUGAAUAGAAAAUUGGAGGAAUUAGAAACUGUUGCAUUACCACGGAAUUGCUCGGCGAUAAUUCAGAGGAAGCUCCCUCAAAAGUUGACUGAUCCCGGGAGCUUCAUCAUUCCAUGUGGGAUUGGAGAAGGCAUGCAAGAGAAGGCGUUAGCAGAUUCUGGGGCCAGUAUCAAUGUGAUGCCCUACAAGCUGUUUUUGAAAUUGGGGUUAGAUGACAUGAGGCCUACAAGGAUGACAAUACAACUUGCAGAUCGGUCUAUAAAGAAACCCCGCGGUGUUGUUGAGGAUGUGCUGGUUAAAGUAGACAAACUCAUUAUCCCGGUGGAUUUUGUUAUUCUCGAUGUGGAUGAUGAUGUUGAAGUUCCAUUGAUCCUCGGGCGACCAUUUCUUAACACCGCCGGUGCCCUCAUUGAUGUAAAGGGGGGAAGAAUGACAUUGAGAGUGGGGGAUGAGGAAGUCAUUUUUACACUCCCCGUGGCUAUGAAACACACCUUGGACCACGAUGAUCCUCUCUAUUUUACCGAUGAAACUGAUAUGAUUAUUACUGACUGUGUGCAAGAGGUCUUGGCGAUUAACCCUCUGGAUGAAUUCUUAGAAGGAGUGGAUGGCGACUGA